AUGACCACGGACAAACCACUGAAUAUCAAUGAACACUUUGUAAUUUCCCAAUACAAAAAACAAGAGUAUGGACCAUUUCAAAAGUAUCUAAUAAUUGUAACAAGUUGCAUUUUUUCAAUUAUCUACUCUACUAUUUUAUGUUCUGGUGCUGUAAUAUGCCAUUUCUAUGACAAACUAUUUGAUCGUGAAACAAAGAAGAUUGAUAGUUUGUCAGAAGGUGACUUGCAGCGGAAUGGAUAUACCCCUCGAAAGCCUUAUGACAACAUAGACUCAAUGAAACCAACAAGUGAAUUGAGGUAUUAUUUACUAGAAUUGGGACUAGAUUUGGAAGAGUACCUGGUCAAUACUCCUGAUGGAUAUAUCUUGGUGCUACAUCACAUAAUUGACCCCAAGGAGUCAGUUGAAGUACGAAAAUUAAGAAAGCCAGCCUUUUUACAACACGGACUACUAUCCUGUUCAGGAGCAUUUAUCGCCACUGGUAAAAAUUCACUUGCAUAUUAUUUGCACAAUGAUUUGGGAUAUGAUGUAUUUUUGGGAAACAAUCGGUCUUGGUUUAGAGCUCAAAGCACCCAAUUUUCGGGAAACUUGUAUAAUAAUGAAAUGUAUUGGAAAUGGGGGAUAAAAGAGUUGGCUUAUAUAGACUUGCCCUGUUUUAUUGAAACUGUGAUGAACAUGAAAAAACCAAAUCAUGAUAAAUUAAUAUUAUUUGGGCAUUCACAAGGUGGAUUGGAAAGUUUCUUGAUGUUGAGAAAUCCUCAAUUGACCCAUAUUCAUGAACAAAUUGAGUUGUUUGUGCCAUUGGCAGCAGCAGUGUAUCCUGGUUAUUUAUUCCACACAAGAUCAUUUAUCAGGAUCUUGUGUAUGUUCCCAGAUAAACUUUGGUUAUAUUUGUUUGGAUUUUGCGCAAUGUUGAGAAACCUUUGCUUAGUGCGGUAUUAUAUCUGUCACACCUGGUUAUUUGGUAAAUUGUCGUAUUACAUGUUCAAGUUUUUGUUCAAUUGGACAAGUAUUUAUUGGGGGACAAAUGCAAAAGUUUGGCAUUUUUGUUCUAUAUUUAAUAUGUCGUACGUCUCCGUUGAGUUGAUGAAGUAUUAUCUAUGCAAAGCUAACCCUGUUGGAUUUGUACUGAUGUUGCAACCGAAACAAGCAUUCAACCCCGACGAUUUGUAUAGUGCAAGUGAUUUACAAGCGUGUACUAAAGACGACUCAGGGCUGUUUUUCCCGUAUCGGCAAAGUUGGUUUGCUGAUGCCAAUUUGAAGAUAAAAGUGCCCAUGAUGGUUGUAAUUGGUGAAGAAGAUUUUUUGGUUGACGGAAGAAGAUUGUAUCAGCAUAUGAAGGAUUUCGAACCAGACUAUGAACCGGGGAUCAAUUUAGAGCUAGUUGCAAUAUCGAGGUAUAAUCAUUUAGAUGUUUGUUGGGCAGAAGAUGUAAUUGGAACCAUUGGAUAUCCAAUGAGGGAAUUUUUAUCAAGAUUAUCUCUAAAAAAAGUAGGAAAGGAGAAGAGCAGCAGUGAGGAAAGAGAAUUGAUACUGACUGAGGAUUCAUUUGCCUCCUCAGUACGUGCUGAAGAUAAUAGGAUGAAAAUAGUACCGAAUGGCCACGAUACUAUUCUCUCAGAUUUACAAACGUCUCCUCGAUAUGUGAAAAAAUUUGUAGCAAAAACCAAAGAAGAAGCUAAAGAAGUUGAUAAAUUUGGGGCUACUUUUCAGAAUGAUGAUUUGAUUGUUUCAGUGAAUGAUGGUGAGAAUAAAACAACAAUUCCAGUGUUUUAG